ACAUCGAAAAUAUACUUUCUCUAUAUGAAGCAGACUCUAUCAACAUAUAUAAAUGUGGGUAUUAUAUGUGUAGGCAUUUGACAGUUGUUCAAAAGAAUAAAAAUGUCUCAGAGGAUCCUGAAGGUUACCACAUUCGACACCGCUCCUCCGCUACUGCCUCAACAUGGAGUAGCGAAGAGAGCUUUAGCAUCGCAAGUUGGAAAUAAUCGUUUAUUGCCAGAAAACUUGACCAAAGUGAAAAACACAGCAGAGAUUCCAAAAUCGCUGCGUUGUAUAUGCCCAUCCCAGGAUACGUUGAAAAUAAAAAGUAAAAUAAGAAGCAUUUCAUAUAAUUCAACUGGAAGCCGACUAUACAUAGCCACUAGAGAUGUAAUAUACCUGUUAAACACCCAGACCCUGGCUGUGGACUUCAGUCUUAGCGUAAAAUGCACAAUGCUCAUUGCCCAUCCAAAGUUACCAGAUUGUUUUGCACUUUUACUUCAGGGUACCAAUUCCUCAAAACCUUCUGUAAAGAUUUAUGAAGUAAAGAAAAAUACAAAAAACCUGAAAGGAGAAUUGGUUGUAACUCAUGUUAUAACUAGCGCAUUUGAAGACAGUUGGUAUACAGGUUGCUGGUCCUUGGAUGGACGUUUCAUUGCUCUAGUAGACAGAGAUGAUAUUCUGCAAUUCGUAGAUCUGAAUGAGUGCAUUCAAAACGUAAAUAAAGAGUUACAAAAGGAACAUUCAAUAAAACUAGAUUGUGAAGCCUAUGGACUAUUGUAUACUUUAGAUUCCUUGAUAAUUCAGAGGGUAGAUGGUGCCAUUCAAAUCAUAAAUGAUUCUAAGGAUUCUAUUGUAGAAAGGGCACAUUCUCAUAUUGUAACGGCUGCAUCUUUUAGUAAAAGCACUAAUAUUCUUGCUACCGGUGGAAGUGAUCAUGUGGUCAAUAUUUUUGACAUAAAUGAAGAUUAUACAUGUGUUGGUACAUUUCCUAGGAUCGAAGGUCAAAUUAGCAGCCUUUCAUUUAGUACUGAUGGAACUUUUUUGGCUUGGGGAACAAAAGACACUGCUGCAACUCUAGACUUGCAAGCUGGUUCAUAUUCAACCACCAGUGAUUUGUCAAUGCAUCGGGAUGAUAAGUUAGGAGGGUCUGGAAAUGAUGUGGCCACCGAGGACUUUUCACUCACUGUAGCUGCUAUCAACCCAUGUGAAAUCUAUUACCAACACAACACACCGUGCUCCGUUACACAUGUCGCCUUUUCUCCAAACAAAUACGUUAUCGCAUAUGCUUGUGAUUUUGAUGCUUUUCCCAAAUCGGGGCAUAGUACACACUCCAACCUUGUUGGAUUCUUACAUUUGUAA